UCAUUAAGCAACAAGGCACAGUCUGGAAAUUGGUAGAAGGGAAUCUGAUCUGCCACAAUGGCUGAAAUUGACCUUGUCAACCGCGACCCAAACAACAUUAACGACCAUCUCAAGGUCACCUUCGAAGAUGUGUUGGCUGAACCCGAGGGCAACCAUGCCAUGGACUGUGUGUGGAGCAACUCUUACAAAUGCUUCAACUGCUGCAAGAAACUGUGCUACACCCUGAUGACCCUGUGCUGUGGCAUCUGCAUCGCCGCUGGCUGGGGCUGUGAGUUCGCCUACAUCGCCUUUGUCCACAUCUGGUACGUCACGCCAUGCUUCAAGUGCUUGGAGCUCAACUGCGGAUGUCUGCAGAAGCUGUGGGGAAUGAUUGUCCAUUGCUACUACGAUCCAUUCUUUGAGACCAUGGGCCUUUGUUUCUCUGCCUUCAAGAAAAGCUAAUCUAGUAAGGCAGUGAUCAAGAGUCUCGUGACAGUAAUGCUGUGUUUAUGAGGCUUGACUCAAUGGUGGAAAGGGUUCAAGGUUGCAGUUUUUAAACCUUCUGUAACGCGAAAGUCACGGAAUAAAAAAGUCAAUUUGUCACAUCAAGACAUGACUUAACAUGACAACCUCUUUAAAAAAACAAACUAACAAAACCAUGUAUAAACUACAGUGACUUGAAACAUAAAAAAACGUUUCAGAAAAUUGUUUUAAAGCGGAACUUUCGCCAUAUUUAUCCCCAAUUUACCUAUUUCGAAACUGCCUUUUGCAUAUAUCGCAACAUUUCUAGAUGCCCUGAAAAUGUCUUGAUAAUCUACAUCUUGUACAUUAAAACAACUGUGAUAUGAUCGCAAGUCUGUGUACCAGUAUAUAGAUUAUGUGUGUGUACAUACCUGUUGUUAUAGGUAUAUAAAUGGAAUUCCAAAAGUA